AUGCGGCGCUGCGGCAGCCUCAGACAGACACAGACAGACUGGAGCGAGGGCAAGGGAGGCACAUGUGAAGUGAUCGCCGCUCACCGCUGCUGUAACAAGAACCGUAUCGAGGAGCGCUCGCAGACGGUCAAAUGCUCGUGUUUACCGGGAAAAGUGGCCGGAACAACACGCAACAAACCCUCGUGUGUGGACGGUAAGGACCCUCCUCCUCUCUCCACAUUUAGACCAGAUUAA